UGCAGCAGGUUGAGAGUCUGCAACAUCAGUCAUCAUGUCUGUGUGCAGAGCUCUGUUGCCUCUGGUCCUGCUGGUGUCGGCCGCCUCAGCCAGCCACUUCUGGGGAGGCACCAUAUCCUUCCUCCCUAAAGGACGCAACCCAGAUGGAUCCUACAGGGUUGAUUUCCGCUACAAAGACGUUUUCGAUUCUUGUGGAUCGAGGUUGAAUUGGAAUUGUGUAAGUGGAAACUGUGGAGGUCAGACUGAUUUGGAAGUAGGCACAAUAUACAGCACUAGUUCAAGAAACCCCAGCAAUCUGAACUGGUGCCAAGAGGAAGGGAUCGUGACCAGACGGCUCACCAGUGACAAACCUUUUCAACUAAGUGCCAGCAGUUGUUGUUGGGUGACCAUAAACAAUGGUGGCUGGAGUUAUCCUUGGGGCCUUCCAGUCAUGGUAGAUCUUGGACGUCGGUCUGACACAAAUGAGCCAAAUCAUUCCCCACACACUACUAUCAUUUCAUUUGUCAGAGUUCCAAGGAACUGUCCUCGUACCUACAACUUCAUAGGUUGUGACCCAGAUCAUGAUGAUAUCAAAUGCAGAAAUGCUGCCACUCUACCCACUGGUUUCCAGAUUGAUCAGGACACUUGCAAUUUCCACUACUCUCCUACUGCUUCAACUGGAAUGUACAGUAUCCGGCUUGAGGUAGAGGACUAUGCCAAGCAGUACACUACUCUCACCUACAACGAUGGGUCAAGAUCCUACAGAACUCCAUACCAACCAACCAGCACUGCUUCACCCAUUUCCACCACCUCCACUCCAGCCGGCUCGUCUCCAUUUAGUAGACUUCCCCUACAGUUCGCUGUCAAAGUUGAGCCUGCAGUGCCAUCUUGCAGCGCGGGAGUGUACUUGCCCCAGUUCCUCCAUCCAACCCCAGCUGACAGAGAACGGCUGCACACCGCCAUCAACCAGGAGUUGGAAAUCAGGAUUAGAGCCUCAGCCUCCCACUCAGUGAUUCAAGACCUUAUUAUUAGUGGGCCGCUGAACAUCACCAAGACCAAGACUCUCUCUGGGGAGUUUAUCGUGACAUGGACACCGAGCAGUGAUGACGACGGAGAACAUUUCCCCAUCUGUUUCAUUGCUGAGAGCAAGGCCGGCUCCACUCUAUACCAAUCCGAAAUGAGAUGUGUCAUUGUGGAGGUGAAACAUGAACAGGCCACCAUCGGUAACGUGAUUUGUGCUGAGAGCUUCAUGGCCAUUGAAGUGAACAAAUCACAAUCCGAAAAAAUCAACAUUCAUGAAGACCACCUAAGACUCAACGACCCUUCCUGCACCCUCUACUCUAAUGGCACACAUGUCUUCGCCAACAUGUCCCUGAACACCUGUGGGACUGUCAUGGAGGAGGAUGAAACCAAUGUCAUUUUCAAGAAUGAGAUUGUGUCUGUUGACAACCCGAAUGACGUCAUAACCAGACACCACCAGGUUGAGAUCCAGUUCUUCUGCAAGUACCCCAAAAAAGGCAGCGUGACCCUUGAGUUUGAUGCCCACAGAAGCCCUUUUGUAUUCGUUCAAAAGGGAUUUGGCACUUUCAGCUACCAGUUUGAGUUCUUCCACUCCAGUCAGUUUCGAAAUAUGGAGGACCCUAGCACCUAUCCUCUCGAGUAUGACCUUGGAGACAUGAUGUACAUGCAAAUUGAAGCAACAUCCCCAGUCAACAACACUGAGCUCUUUGUGGAGUCUUGCCAGGCCAGUCCCAGUGAUGACCCCAAUUCCCACACCUCCUACUCGAUCAUCAGUAAUGGAUGCAUUCAAGAUGAAACGCUGCAGUUCUUUUCAAAUCAUGGCAAUAUUGUCAAGUUUGGAAUGAAGGCUUUCAAGUUCAUCGGAUUGCACGAUCAGGUGUUCAUCACGUGUUCGGUCAUCCUGUGUGAGGCUGACAAUUCCAACACCAGGUGUUCCCAGGGCUGCAUGAACACCACAGCUGCACCUGCAGCACACCACCACCACAGGAGAGAGGCUCCCAUCCAGACCAUCAGUCACUUCAUCUCCCAGGGACCCGUGAGGCUCAGCAGGAGCGUCAACCUCAAGGAUGCUGCAAGCACAGUGACUUCCAAUGGUUUGAACAUGAAUAUUGUGUUCAUUGCUGGAUGCUUGCUCCUGGCUAUGGGUAUGUUGUGUGGUGCUCUGAUCUACACAAAACGACCCAAGGCAGCGUAUCAGCCCCUGCCAACUAACGAUUACCAAUGAUUUUGGCUUUAAAGCCCAUCUUUUCAGAUAAAAUGUGUUAUUUUUGUACUUUUUCUGUCUUGUGCAAUAUGGGAUGAAAGAAAACUAAAUUACAUGUAACUUACUUAAUGUAGUUGUCCUUAAAACCCUUUAAGCAUUGCUUAAUCUCCUUUGAGAUAAAUUAAGUUUCUGACUUUUAAUUCAUGUAGAAAAAUGCAUUGUCCUCUAGACUGGGCCGUGAAUCAACAAAAAUCCAAUCAAUAAAAUCCAUCAAUAAAAUCUAUACUCACACUGAAUCGAGCCAUUCUAAACUUUUGCCUCAUACAAUUGGGCUCAAAUGUAUUUCUUACAUGUAGGUGAUGGUUAAAGGUUUAUAUUGUGUAAAUUUUUGUAUAUUUUCUCUGCUUAUGCAAAGAGUUGUUCAAGAAAAUAGAAUACAAUGUCUCAAUUGAAUGUAAACUGAUGAAAUGAAGGAUAAUAAGAAAUAAACU